UCCGGCCGCGCUCUUCCGGCUGCCGCGGAACAAGAAGAGGCCGCGGGAAUCUUCGAAGAAAUCGAAUCUUCCAAAAAAGGCAAGAAGAAAACGACUAAGAAGCGGGAAAGCCAGAAGAAAAAGAAGGAAAAGCCCGAGGGCAGCACGAGCGAGGCGGCGGCACCGGCCGAGGAGAGGUGGACGAUGCAGAGGUACGGAGCGGUCCGAGAAUCAGUACUCGAGGUGAUGAGGGAGAAGAUGGCUGAGCUCGGGAAUCGAGUCAUGAGGAGAGAUCUUCGGGAGGAAGCGAGGAAGCAUAUCGGGGAUACUGGAUUGUUGGACCAUUUGCUUAAGCAUAUGGCCGGAAAAGUCGUGGGGAAUAGAGGGGAGAGGUUCAUGAGGGGUUAUAGUAAUGAUGGGGUUAUGCAUUAUUGGCUUGAGCCGCCGGCGGAGGUUGAGGAGAGUAGGAGGAAGGGGGAGAUGGAGGUUUGCCGGUGUGGGUCGGAGUGUAAGGAGGAGAUUGAUAUGCUAAAAGAGAGAAUUGGUGUUCUCAAUAGUGAUCUGGAGGAAUUGCGAUCCUUGAAGGAGCUGGAGAAAAACAUCUGGAAGGAAAAUUAUGAGAAGUUGCUGAAAAGGAAUAUAAAACUAGAAAUAGAGAUGGAAAAGAUGAAUAGUGCAUUCUUGGGGAUGAAGGAGAAUUACGAAAGAUUGCUGAAGAGAAAUACAAAACUUGAAACAGAGAUGGUAGGGAUGAGCAACUCCUUUCAGGGGCUGAAGGAUGAGCUGAUGUCUUUAAAGGAAGAAAGGAGUAAAGAGGUGAAGGAGGAGAAGGCCGUAGGGUUUGAAACAGUGGAAGAUGUUAUCGGUGGUAAUGGUAAUGGAUUUGUUGUUAAGAAUGAGGACAAUUAUCUUCUCGAGAAUCACCUAUCAUUGUCUCCAAAAGCUUCUUUGUAUUCACCUCAGCUGCGACGGCAAUACCCUCAACUACCUUGUCGAGGACGAGUAUAUGUAAAUUGUUUAAAUGGGUCCCAGAAGAGCUUUGGUCAUUUAUCACAGGUGCCGUCUCCUGUUGAAUCUGAUGAGCUGUCCUCUUUGACAAAUUCUCAAUGCACAAGGCAGAGGCAUGAAUUGGCUGAAGUAUAGAGGCACCGAGGAAGCAGUCUAACAGUGAAGUUCACUUUCAUACCUCCUUUGCGUUAACUGAAGCAUAGAGCGCUUGAGGAAGCAAGUCUAACGGCGAUAUUAAAUCCUCUGUAUAGUCUAGUAAUACAAGUAAAUCCUCUGUAUAGCUUUAAGUCUAGCUGACUCAAAAACAUACAUUUUGGCAAGCAACUGCAAUGGUGGUUACCUUGUCGGCUUCCCUAUUGCAUGAGCAAAAUCUUGGAUACCUCUGCAGAUUCUGCUUCUCGCUUUUUGUUUUUUUGUUCUCUACUAUAUGAGAAGCUAUUUAAUUUCUUAUGUGAUCUUUUUUUGGGGGAAAUUACUGUUUGAUGUAUGCUAUAAGAUGUAAUUUACAUCUGCUUCGCUAGUUAUGUUCCUUCCAACGGUUUUAUUCGAAAAUAUCAGGUUCAAUUGACUUUUUA